AGUAUAACUGUUCAUUUUCUUCGAGAUGGCUUUCAUGGUGCUGCAGAGCUCCUGGUGUUGCUUUAUCAAGUUCGGUCGAGUUCGGUCGCAGGGCGCCUUUCUUUCCUUACUUGAUCGGAUCAAGACUCAUUAGGCUCUUCCAGUAGACGAGCCCAGCUAGCAUCCAAAACCGGGCCUGCAAGUACAGCCGACGACGAUGGACUCGUCAUGAAAGCCUUCAGGGCCGCCUUUGGGUUGCAAAGUGUUGCCGACCCUCCCAAUGUCGGAUUGUGGUUUCGGAUGCAUCUUGACCAAAGUGGACGCUUUCGGGCUUUGCAAGGCGACCCGACACCACAAAUCUGGCCUUUCACGAAGCAAGUCGUACGAGAUACUCUGCUCAAAUGCUCCCGUAUAGAGCCCAAGCGCGGCGGCUUCCAUCACGGUGCAUGCAUCGGAAGCAUUGCGAACUCUGGCUAUUCCGCGCCGAUUGAGCGCUAAUAAGUACUUGAUUUGUUCGUUGUAUUCACACCAAGGAGAGCAUUCUUCAAGCGACGUAUUAUUCUUUUGGAGAAGGUCCAGGCAGUCUGACACUAUAUCAUCUCGUAUCAAAACAGCCGACAACUCCUCUGAAAAUGACGAGACUUCAAAGCUCUCAAGUGACUGGUGGGUCCGUAUCGCUUGAAAUAUGGGUAGAGGGUCAAUGAAAACUUCCUCGAGCCGAAGCACCUUCAGGGUCGGAGUCGAAGCAAGGAACUGUGCAAUGUGAGAAGAAAGUUCCGUGUCAAUCUCUUCCUCGACGUCGUCGUUUGCCCGAGUGCAACGCAAUGUGAGAUUCUCUAGAUUUCGAAUCGUCUUUGGAAGCAGGGAAAGUUGAUGCAGCAAGAACGGACGAUCCCGACGGUCCACAUCAAGGUCCACAUGAUAAACGCAUCGUCGUCGUUCCGAGUACUUGGCUGUAAGGUUUGCUCUGGGGAUGCGAUGGUUUUCCCUGGCAGUUUGAAUACUCAAUGUAAGGGGGUCACUGAAUUUGCGAUUGCCCAACCCCUUGACGAUGGCUUCAUACCAAGCUUCUCUCGAGGAAGCCACAGAAUAUUCUUCGGUUAGGAUCACCAAGAACCCCACGCGACAGUUGCUUUGGAGGAAUCCUUGAAAUGCAUCCACAACUCUUCUUCGCUCUUGGUCGCUCUCUAUGCUGCUCAGGAUGGGCAAUGAAAUCUUUUCGAGCCUGGCCUUGCAUUGAUUGUUCUGAAGAUACCGCAUGAUAUAAAUGAAUGCAUCGCUCUCCCAGCCAGACGGAAGAGCCAACGCCAGACGCUUCACGUUUGUCAAUAUCUUUGUGAUCAGUUUUGCCUGAUCCAACGUAAAGGCCGACUGUCGUGCCUGUGCCUGUGGGAUGUCCCAGCAGCGAUUGCACACAUGUAGGUCCUGUUGGUUGAUUUGUUUCGUAAGAAAGAGGUCCGCGAUGAAUUCCAGCAGCUCCAUGGGCUGGUUGGUGAGUUUUUCCAUUGGGAUGGGGUAUCGGGUGUUGGCCAUGGCCAACUCAUAUGGCAAGCAACCGCGACCCAUUGUGGUACGGAUGGAAAGCGUCUCUGGAUCCAAUUCAAUGAGAUAUUCAAUCACAUGCAUUGGACAAUAUUGGCACGCGACGUGAAUUGGCGCCCUCCCAUGUGCAUCCCUCGUUCGCAAGAGUUGCUUGAGAUCGGAUCGGCCAUCGCAGAGAGCUUUGACAAACUCGAGCUGCUGGAGGAGCUCGGCUCUACCCUCCAUCAGCAGCCAGUGUAGGGGAGUGCCAUGGGCCAAGCCAAUGUCAUACUGUUUGAGGAUCAGCGAUGGGAAUUCAUUGAGCAAUGCCACGGGGAACCACUGGUUGUCCAGCAUCCACUGCACCUGAAACUGCAACUUUCUUUUCCUCAGGAAGAAAUAUAUCGCCUUUGCUGUUGUCUGCAUCUCUCUCUUAAGGUUUCGUUCGCCUACCGGUACUAUGUGUGUUGCUUUUAUGUGCUUUGUUUGUUUGCUUGGUCUUGUACGACUGGGUUGUGCCGUUGUGAGCGUGACUUCGGAAGCACGGCUGAAGGUUUUUUGCAAAAAUUCAGGACUGAGAGGUUUUUCACGGUUGGAUCCAUUGUAUCGCCCGGGGUAUGGGGCAACUAUACCGGUAGGAUUUAGACACACAACACGGCACUGCCACACUCUAAAUUGUAUGGCAGUUAUGUGCAGUUACUUUUCGUGCAGUUACGUUCUGUAAAGCUACGUUUUACUAUUGAAAUUAGUGUACCAAGUUACUUGCCGUUACGUGACGUUACGACUUGUUACGAAACAUUACGCGUAUCUACGCAAUGAAAUCCAUAAGUUGCCCCAUACCCCGGUGAAACCAAGGAACCUCGAAUUCGUGGACUGGACGCGGAGAGCAACACCAACGAAGGGCAGCCUCUGCGUACAUGUACCGGUCACCAUGAACCUCUUCAGGCGGACGAGCAACAAACGCGCAGCGGAAGAAGUUGGGGAGCUUUUGAUCCAUCUUCACCUCCAAUCUGCGGCCAACGGCUCCACCCCAAGGACAACGGAGCUGUUACCCCAGCUAUUGAAAAAGCUAUCUCAGAAUCCAAGACUCACACGUCUUUCCUAUGCAUCCGCUUGGCGGCAACGCAAUGUCUUCCCCCCAAUUUGGCACUUCCUUCAGGUUCCAAAUGUACCGCUAGACUCCCUUCAGUCUCUUUGUAAAUUGACAUCCAAGGGAAAGCUAAACGCAGAUUUGCAAACUUGGAGCCUGCUUCAUUGGGCGUGUGAGGACCCGAAUUUGGCACCCGAGGUGAUGGAGUUUUUGGCUCGACAGGCUCCAUAUCUGCUACAAAGUCGGGCUGGAAGAGGUCAUAUCCCAUUGCAUUUGGCCAUGCAAAACAAUGUACCGGCGGGAACCUUGAUUCUGCUGCUGGAGCUAUACCCAGAUCCAAUACAGUGGCACACGACGUGGUCGUUGGCCGUUCUCACAGGACAGCCGCCAGAGCUUUUGGAGUACAUGGGACGCAGGUACAACUCAGAAAAUCUGUGGUUGGAGGAUUCCCGCAUCCCCGAGCUGUUGCGCUUGCCCAUGACUGCCCCACGAGCUCAUGGGUUCAAUUCUGUGUUGACUCGUUUGGAUAGCGUGUCAUUCAAGACCAUCACAUGGGACGUGGAAGGUUUCACGGUGUUUAUGCAAGCCCUGGAGACCAACACAUCCAUCUCGGAAGUGGCCUUUCUGAAGCUCCCCGAUCUUCGCGAUUGUUCAAUAGGCCAGCAAGUUCCUGCUUGGCAAGCAUUUCGUCGUAUGCUGCAAACGAACAAGGCUCUCAAAUCCUUGGGGUUGCAAUGGGUUUCUGAGAAAGAUAUGGCACAAUGGGAAAUGUGGCUGCAGAUGAUCCAAAAGGAAUUGGAGGGGAAAGUGGCAUUGUCCUCUCUAAAGCUUGACGUGAUAUGGAGCAAUGUCGUUGGCACAGAUCAUCGUAAAGAAACAACCUUUCAAUGGAUGUUGUGGGCAGGUUUCGAGCGUAGGAAAAGUUAUCAUUUGGUGAACUGUGAUUUUCGGUUCCAUCUCAAGCUAAUCCGCCGUGUAUUCCGCUCCCUCGACCUUCUUUGGCUGGAAGUGGACACACGAAACCAAAACGCACUGAACGACUCACACCGCGAGAAGCUUGCCUCUGGUAUUGUCUCACUCUUGAGCGACUCCCAUGUGGCGGUGAAGGAGCUCGUCUUGAACAACCUGAAUAUAGAUGUUGUGGCCGUGUUCGAUGCACUAAGGACCAACCAGUCGCUUCAAAAGUUCCGAGCACUAAAUUGGCCAGAUGAAGAGGACGAGAGCAAAAGCGACAGAGUCACAUGUGCUUGUGUGGAUUUACUGAAACUGCACAACCGUACUCUGACAGCAGCUAGUCCGUGGGACAGCUUCGACCCUCGGGUUCAACACUACCUGCAGCUGAAUGAAAUGGGGCGUGCCAACGCCCAAGCAGGAGAGGACAUGUCCCAGCUCCUUUGCAACGUCUUUGCCAAGCGUAUUCGAGACCAUGGGUGUCCGGACCAAUUUUUACAGAACAUGUUGUACGGGUUGUUGCGGGAGUCACCUGGCUUGUGGUGCCACACGGCUGCCUGGAACUCGUCAUUGCUCGCGGCUCGUUGCUGGCCUUCGUCACUGGAAACAAACAGUUCAAGUUCAAGCGACUCUUGUAUGUCUGCGUGCAAUGAUCACUUUGAAGCAACAGGCAAGGAACGUGCGCAGCAGAGGCGGUGGUGUUUUCUUCCUUUCCGAAGGAAGUAG